UUUGUUUUCGGAGAAAAUUCAGCCUGUUUCUCUUUUCAUAAACAGUUCCUUUUUCGAAAAUUUCAAGAGAAUGGUGGGCGCAAUGCCUGUUAAUUUGAUACCAAAAUUUUGCAACGGUACCAUGGAUAGCCGGAAUGGUACCGAGGAAGGCGAGUCUCAAGUCAGAAUCGGUAGUCGUGUAAAGUGUAAUGACGACUUCGCUACAGUAAAAUAUAUUGGAGAAGUGCAAGGAUACAAAGGAAUUUGGUACGGAGUGGAAUGGGAUGAUCCUGCGAGAGGAAAACAUGACGGUUCUGUGGAUGAUAUUCAGUAUUUUAAGACCUCGAAGCCUGGUGCUGGGUCUUUUAUACGCCCUAACAAAAUUGCACCAACAAUUACCUGUGCUGAUGCCAUCAAGAAGUAUUAUGGAGAUCGAGAGGAUGAGACUGUGGCGGCUCACCGUCGCACAGUGAUCAAUGAGUGGAAGAGGGAGAUGGGUGCUCCGUUCAUCGAAAUGGUGGGCUUUGAGAAGAUCCAUCAGAAGCAAAAAUUCGAUCGCCUAGUGGAAGUGUGCGUGCGUGACCGCAGCGUAUCCCGUGCGGGCGAUGUUGCCGCUCUGUGCCCGAAUACGCGUUCGCUCGACGUGUCUCGCAAUCUGUUCAGCAACUGGCGUGAAGUUAUACAACUGAGCGCGCAGUUGCCAGAUCUCAGGGAGUUGGAUGUCAGUAAAAACCGCAUGGCCAUCGACUUACCCGAAGAAACCCUCGAUCAGCUCUCCAUCCACCUGUCCAACCUGGAGAAACUCAACCUGUCCGUCUGUGACUACGACUGGUCUGACAUCCUCGCUCUAUCGCACCUCACUCCGAAGAUCCAUGAGAUCAUAGCCGCUUACAACCGGGUCAAAACCAUAUCACCACCAACGGUGACACUCCGGACACUAACAAUUCUAAAACUGGAUGGGAACCCGAUAGAUUCGUGGUAUGAAGUGAUGAAUCUUGGUUGGUUGAAGAAUUUAAAGGUGCUGAGUCUGAAUGACUGUCAGAUUGAGGAGAUCAGGUUCAAUGAUAAUCCGGGAAACGCGAAGGUGGAUGUGUUUGAGAAUUUGGAGGUGCUGUUUUUAAACAGGAAUAAGAUUAAUGAUUGGCGGUCAGUAAGCGAGCUAGACAAACUGAAUCACCUCCGUAAACUAUACUUCUUGAAGAACCCAAUACAGGCUAUCGAAGACUAUGACACCGGAUCUCAACUGAUUAUGGCGAAAAUUGGCAUACUACAGGAAUUGAACGGGUCUCAAAUAACCCGCGAGCUCCGCCGCGGCGCAGAAUACGACUACAUGAAACGGUAUGGAGCAGAAUGGAAACGCGCGCAAACGGAUCUGACACUUCGGACAGCCUUCGAUAUCGACCACUGCCGGUUCCAGGAGCUUGUUAUGAAAUACGGCAUUCCAGACGACAGCCUUCUCGUACAGCAACCAAAAACCUCCACGCUCACCUCACAACUCCUAGAAAUCACACUCGAAGACGAAAACGGAAAACGCCUCAAAAAGAAAUUCCCUAACACUAUGGCCGUUCAGAAACUGGUCACACUCGCGCAAAGACUUUUCGCGAAGGGCAACACUGGCAGACCAAAACUCUAUCUACUCGAUGACCAGAUGAAAGGGGCCGAAAUAUGCCUUGACAACUGCAUGAAAGAUUUGGCUUAUUAUUCUGUGAAAAAUGGAGACAAUAUUAUGGUUAAAUUCAGAUAAAUUCUGUAUUUUUAAUCCUGGCAACCCUUGAUUGGCGCAUUUAUUUAUUUAGCGGCUUUGUAAAUAACAUUAUGUCCAAAUUGUACCUGUAUUUAUUGCUAAUGUUUUCACAAAUAAAUAUCCUUAUUGUAUUUUUA